CGGGUUUGUGGGAGGGAGAAGGAGAGAGUCCCGAAGAAAGGAGUGAAUGAGUGCUUGGAAAGCUGGGCUGCCCCGGGAAACGAAGCAGUGUUUCAAAACUUCUCCGCUUUUCGACUUCGGCUUGCUGUUCAGGCGGUAUCAUGACUAAAGGAAGCUGAUUUGGUGCGCUGUUGCCAUUUGGGAUGUCUGAAGCCAAACAUUACCUCAAAGAGGAAGAAGGCAAAGAAGAGGUGAGAGAAGGGACAACAUCUGCUCUGAGAGGAUAAGAUCAGCAGCCCAUCUGGAUCUGCGCAGGGAACCUAACAGACCUUUCUCUUUCUAAGGAAGGGAACUGAAACUCUCCAAUAGCUUAAAGGGCUUCAAGAAUUUUUAUUAAGUUUUUCAUCAUUGUUUUUUACCUUCUCUGAGCUAAAGCCAUGUGCCAUGUUAUUGUAACAUGCCGUUCCAUGCUGUGGACCCUACUCAGCAUUGUAGUGGCCUUUGCUGAGCUCAUUGCAUUCAUGAGCCCGGAUUGGUUGCUGGGAUCGCCUCGGAAUGACACCAGCGGGACCAGGGCAGGAGUGGACUCAGAGUACCGGCCAUCUCUCGGCCUUUACAACCGCUGCCUUCGUAUUGGGACCUCGCAGGUGAACUGUGGGCCCUAUGCCACGACAUUUGGAGAAGUGGCCAGCGGCUUCUGGCAGGCUGCCAUGUUGUUUCUGGCAGCGGGGACAUUAGUGCUUGGGUGUGUGGCCUUUAUCUCCAUCUUCAGCCUGUGUUUUCAGAGCAUCCUGAAGAAGAGCAUAUUCAACAUCUGCGGACUGCUUCAGGCUGUUGCAGGCCUGUUACUGAUGGUCGGCCUCAUGCUGUACCCUGCUGGUUGGGGUUCAGAGAAGGUGAAGUUCUACUGUGGCUCCGAUGCGUUGCCGUUUCGACCAUUUAAUUGUUCACUUGGCUGGGCGUUCUACACAGCGAUAGGAGGAACGCUAGCAACCUUCCUGUGUGCCGUUCUGUCUGCACAGGCCGAGAUCGCUACUUCCAGCGAUAAAGUUCAGGAGGAGAUUGAGGAUGGGAAAAGUCUGAUCUGCCUGCUCUGAGCCUUUAGAAAACCUGGGAAGCUGCAGAAGAUCACCCACGGUGUAAUUUCUCUGAUGUGGACUACAACUUCGUGGAGGGAGGACAGAUGUUUCUCGGUGGUGAUUUUCUUCCCCCCUCGUGAUAGUCUGGAUAAAAUCAGCUGAUUGUUGUAAACGGCCUUAAUAACCCC